AUGCAUCGAUUUGCACCCUAUCCACCCUAUCCACCCUCAAAACGCCGUCCGAUGGCGGAGAAGACAGGCUUGACACUUGUAGGGAGCGGGAAACCCGAAGACAGUGGUUCAAUGAGCAGCAUCGGUAGUCUUAUGAAGCGUAUUGCUUUGUUGCCUCACGAACUCAAGGCUCAAAUCAUUUGUGAGACGUUAUGUGAGGAGCGCUGUAUCUUCACCCUUCUACCGAAACCACAUUGCUGGCUCUGCUCGGACGGUAAGAGCGCCGCGAUCACACCUCACAUCGAGGUUUAUACCAAAGGACACCUUGGCAAACGUGGAACAAUUACCAUCGGAAAAGACCACAACCAUUUUUCGGUGAAUGUCAUCCCGCAUGACUUUGAUCUCAGGCCUUGUAAUAAUCUGCUUCGCCGCUCCUUCCCGGCUGCAUACUUGCAUGGGCUUCAAGACGCUGGCCGCAGGGCUGUGCACGCUUUUCGGUUCAGGGUGCGCUACGACAGUGUCUCCAGCGAAGAGCAACUUAGUGAAUGGCUGCGAAAGUUCAAAGCAACAUGGACUGACGAAGGAUUGGUGAAGCAUCCUCCUCCCAAGGCAGGCUCUGGGAAUACUAGCAAAAACAACCGCGAUGCCCAUACAGCCACCGCCAUGUCCGUGGAUGGCUCUGAAGGCGGGCCAGAUUUCAACCGAUUUCGUCACCUACUACUAGCCAACAAAGUGUACGAUCGAGAUCCUGACUUCGAGAGCAUAUGGGAACUCUGUCGCCGGCGCUCCAAGAUUUCGUUUCCAUAUCACCGAUUCUUGUGGUGCCCCUCGGAGUAUCGGGAGCACAUGACACACGAGCACCGAGCAGUGGUCCUGCAGCCCGACUGGGCCAUACUGAGCCGGAACUUGGAAACCUUGACGUUGGACCUACGACGGAAGCAAGCCUUGACCAAUAUAGCCGUAUUCGAGGCUGCCAAAGUCAUGAGUGCCAACCUUCAGCUCCGACGUCUUUUGCUCAUGGGGUUACGGACCGAAAAGAGACAAAAGCUCGUCCGGAAGACUCUGAAAGGGACCCCUGCGAACGAGACAAUGUUUGCGUCUUCGGAGCACCAGACGAUUGAAGAUCUAGAGGAAGUUGAGUCUUUCGGCAAGUUCAAAAACUGGGUUGCAGCGUUUCGAGGAGCACUAAGGCCUGGGGGAGAGCUGGUGUUCGUCGACAUUUUGGCAUGA